UUCAGGCCGGAAGUGUGAGACGACAAGCGGAUGAAAAACGCUUCAGGCCGGAAGUGUGAGGCGACAUGCGGAUGAAAGCGCUUCAGGCCGGAAGUUUGAAGUGAAGAUGGCUAUAAAAGCUUCAGCGAAGCUCGGGAAGAUACUCAACAGCACUUGGAGUCCGAGCUUGGCGUGACUGCUUGGGCUUGCUGGGAUUCUGAGUUCUGUCAUCAGUUCUAGUUUCUGACUCUAAAACAACAUGGGAAAUCCUCUUCUGUGUAGUCUCUGUUCAUCAACAUCUUCAUCUCAAGGUUCCUUCAGACUGAAGAUCUGAAGGAUGAAUGUUCAGGACCCACCCACACUCCUGCAGCUGGCAGUACAGAGACUACUGAGGGAUGAGGCCCUGGCCAUCUCUUCUCUGCAGUACCUGCCCAGGGCACUUUUCCCACUACUGUUCAAGGAAGCCUUCAAUCACAGACAAACAAAUGUUCUGAGGGCCAUGGUGGCAGUGUGGCCCUUUCCCUUCCUCCCUCUGGGGACCCUGAUGAAGACUCCCCACCUAGAGAUCUUGCAGGCUGUGCUGGAUGGAGUAGAUAUGCUAUGGACACAGAAGGUUCUUCCCAGAAGGCGGAAGCUUCAAGUACUGGACCUAAGGAAUGUGCACCAUGACUUCUGGGAUGUUUGGGUUGGGCCAGAGGAUGGAGACUGCUCAGCAAAGACUGUGUGUGAAGAGCAGAUAGCAAAGCGUCUUCAUAGAUAUGUACUGAGGCGGCGUUUGAAGGUGGUCACUGACCUUUGCCUCAGGUUCCAUCUGAAUGAACACCAAGCAUACUUGUUACAGUGGGCCCAGCAGAGAAGAAGUUCUAUACGACUAUGCUGUGUGAAGAUGCAGAUUUGGGCUUUGCCUGUGUACACUGUCAGGAAGGUCUUGAUGGUGUUCCAGCCAGACAGCAUCCAGGAAUUGGAACUGAAUACAGGUUGGAGUCUGUCCACUCUGGUGCAUUUUGCAUCUUACCUGGACCAGAUGAGAAACCUUCAAAAACUUCUUUUAACACGGAUUCACAAGAACACCUUCAAGGUUCUAAAUACCUCCUCGGACAUACAGAAGUGUAUCACUAAGUUUGUUUCUCAGUUCUCCAAACUCAACUCUCUCCAGCAUCUCUCCAUGAAUGGCAUCUACUUUUCCAGUGAGCACAUGAAACAGUUGUUCAGGUACCUGAAGACCCCUUUGGAGACCCUGUCCAUAACUAUGUGCAAGCUUUCACAUUUAGACUUGAAUUCCUUGUCCCAGAGUCAGAGCCUCCAUCAGCUCAAACACCUGAACCUGAGACUUGUGAAAUUAAUUGACUUACGUCCUGUGCUUUUCCAUGAUCUCCUAAAGAGUGUUGCAGGCACUCUGCAGACCCUAGAAUUGGAGGGCUGUUGGAUGGUAGACUCCCAGCUCAUUGCCCUCCUGCCUGCCCUGAGCCAGUGUUCCCAGCUCACCAGGGUCAAUUUCUAUGACAAUGACAUCUCCAUGGCUGUUCUGAAGGACCUUCUGUAUCACACAGCCAAUCUGAGCCAGCUGACCCAGGAGCUGUAUCCUGCCCCUCUGGAGUGCUAUGAUGACACUGGUGAUGUCCUCAUGGGAAGAUUUGCCCAACUUUGUCCUGAGCUUAUGGAGACACUCAUUACUGUAAGGCAGCCCAAGAGAGUCUUCUUUGCUACAUAUAUCUGCCAUGAAUGUUGUCAGCGCUGUGUCUAUGACCUAGAAACCAAACUUUGUCGUUGUCGGCAGUAAACAGGCAGGUUGGUUUUUGAUACUGAGAAAUGAAAGCCUAGAAACAGGUCUUUCAAGAGAACCCAAAGCAUAUGGCUACACACUGCUCAUUGUUUGGGAACCCAAAUGGUGUUCAGGAGGGCUAGACCACGAAGACUGAACUUAGAACAGUGGGGCCCAGGACAAAUGUUCAAGGAAUCAAAAGACAAUCCUGCAUUUCUUUUAUUUAGUUCUUUCUUCCUUCUUUUUCUUUAAGAUUUAUUUAUUUUAUAUCUGGGUGGUUUACCUGCAUAUAUGUGUCCUUGGUGCCUGUUGAGUUCAGAUGUGGGCAUUGAAUCCCCUGGAACUGCAGUUUUAGAUGGCUGUGAACCAUCACAUGAGUCUUCUGCAAGAACAAGUGCUCUUGGCUGCUGAGCCAUCUCUCCAGCCCCGAUUAUGCACUUUCUAAAUAAAUCAGUUCUGUCAGGUCAUGAUAAUGAAUGACUUUCUCCUUCUUACAUGGUAGUUAUAAAGUGAAAUGACCAGAUUUUGGAACUCGGCCAUUAACCUGGUUUCAGUGUCGCUCUUUUCCUAUGGCUUGAACUGGAAAGACCCUAUGUUGUCUGACCUCUCACCCAAGAUCUCUAGACAUCUGUGAUGGCAAACCUGGUUUUCAACCUGACUACUUCUGUAACAACUAGAACCCAAGAUGCUGGAUAUUCCUGUGGGGUGUGAGAUUUUCUUCAUCAGAUUACUUGAUGAAACACAACACAUACCCUAAAUGGUGGCCAUGCCUUCUCUUGGCAGCAUAUGUAAAGAGAGCUAGAAGGAAGCUGUGCUGCCAGAUUUGUCUGUCCUUACUUCUUUGGGCAGUAUUCAUUUUCUUGAGGAUUUUAACAUAGUCUGAAAAACAGCAGCUUUCUAGGAGCCUAGGAUUGCAGUACCAGAUUGGACUGCAAAGACAUCCAGCUUUGUGGAUGAACAACUCCCAGAUCCUUGGCCUUUUCAGUAUGAGCCAGCCAUCGUUAGACUGCGUAGACCACAGCUGGUAAGCCAGUCUAAUAAACCUCAUAUGCUCCUGAUACAUAUGGAGCUAUUAGUUCUGCCCCUUUAGCCUUUAGAGAACCCCAACGACUACCUACUGCAUCAAAGUAAACUGAAAGCAGUCAGAUGUCUUCCCUCUUUUACUUUUGCCUGGGCAUCUGACUGCUCAUUGCUUUAGUGUACAAAAUUUCAACCUAAAAUGAUCAAUGCCUUCUCCUAUGAGGUGUUUGGGGAAUGGUAGAGGAAUUCAAUCUAGUACACUUAGACUAGGAGGUACUGUGGACAUAUCAAAGAUGGCUGAAGCAAAGUCAAAGAUAACACAGAGCAAAGGAAAUGGAGUCUAAGCCACAUUGCUUUAUCACUAUUUCUCUCUCUUUCAUGGUCACAUAUUGCCCAGGCUGGCCUUGAAAUCCUCCUGCCUCCACCUUCUAAAUGCUAAGAUUACUGAAGUAUGGCACCUUGGCGAAUUUGUAGGUCACAUGCAUGUAAGACUGUAUGUUUCAGGUCUUCCAGCCUCCAGCUGUCCAUUUGAAAAUAAAAAUCUCCAGUAGCUGUCCCUGUCCCCUAAAGGAUUGACAGGCCUUAAGAACUGCAUUUUAGAUGUCCAGGAGUUAACUGUUUUAUUUUGUUAAUAAGUAUCUAAAUUGCACUCUCUGUGUGUAAUCUGGUUGCAAUAAAGAAUUUUGUUUCACA